CGGGUAGUGUGAACUUGAUGUUGACGUGUAAGUAAGCACGUGACGUAAAAUCUGGAUGGUCGCCGGUGGUGGUGAAACGAAUAAAUGAAUGAUUUUACAGCAGAGGUGAUUUAAUUCUUUAUUGCCUUGGUCGCUACCAUUUUCAAUACAUUUGAAUAGCAGAAGUAUGCAACACAAGCUGUAAAAUAGAAACAAGAUGGCCAUUGCGAUAUCAGUUGCCUCAUUUAUUGGGAUCUUCAUCAUUUCGUAUCUCUUACGUAAGGUGUUGCGGUCAUGUCUUCCACGAAAUAUCUACCAGUACAUUGCAGAAUCACUAUGCACGUUUCAGUUGGUAGCCUGUGUAUAUGAGAAUAGCAUCAUCUUUUCUGGCUACAAUAUCGGUGUGUAUUCAGUGGUCCUGUUUGUUCUCAUAUUUGCUUAUAGCCUAACAUUUGAUGCAUCUGGAAAUCCAGCCAGAGUUUUUGAAACGAUGAUCAAAAGACAAUGUUCUAUCAUCGAAGGUAUUUUGAAGAUAGCUUUGCAAGUUAUUGGUGGGCUUCUGGCAUACCGUUACGUAAUCCUAGUAUGGAAGUUCUUGGCGCCAACCGAACUACACACCACCCAAGUCGAGAUUCUUGAUGUGUCAUGCGAUAACCCUCUUAAGGUAUCCAUAGUUGAGGGAAUAAUAGCGGAAAUGCUGGCUACAAGUACAGCACGAUCCAUAGCUGGCAUGGGCUUAGGUGGACGUCGAUUCUACAAAGCAGUAAAUGCAUUCACUGCUGUGGUAGUAACAUUAACAGGAAUGGAAUGGACAGGUAUGAUGUUCAACCCAGCUCUAGCAACCUCUCUGGCCUACAACUGCAAAAACCAUCCCAUCCACGAGCAUAUCCUGGUUUACUGGUGUGGCCCUUUCCUUGGCGUAUUAAUGAGCAUGUUUAUUUUUCAUUUCAUUCUGGAUGAAAUUAUUGUAGAUGAAGAUGAAAAUAUCAAACAAGUAGACGUGGUAGAAACAAAUUUUAAAGUUCGGAAUGGAAAACGAUCCAUGAAAAGAUUUAGUAGUGGAUGAUUUUUUUAUGGAGUUGUUGCUUGUUCAGUGUGUGUUUUUCAUACAUUACUUUAGUCUAAUUUUUUAGUUGUUUUGGUAAUAAUACUGUAAUACUGCUUCCAAAGAUUGUUUUAUGAAUGAAUGAAUGAAUUUAAGGUGUAUGGGUUUAUUAUUAUUCCAUCCUAUUCCAUUCAAUGCUUAAUUUUUAAUUUUCUCCAAAAUUGUGUAGUAGGAACAUACUUGAUUUAUUUUACUUUGCUGGUCUUGCGUUGUUGCUAUGUGCUUCAUGUUUUUUCAAUGCAAGGUGCUAUAUAAAAUCAAGAAUUAUUAUUAAGGAAUUUUCAUUAUUAUAAUGAUUUUUAUAACUUUUUCUACUUAAUGUCUCUAACCAGGUGUUUGUUUUAUGAUUUUUCUUAAUAAUUUAGCAAUACCUUUAACAAGCAUUAUAUUCAAUAAUAUUUAUUUUUUAAUAUACAGUAAUAUAGUUAAUAGAAUAUUUAGUAUAAUUAGUAGCAUGUUAAUAAUGCAAGUCCAUCUGCCCACAAUAACUUUUAAUUGAAACAAUAAUUUUAUAGCCAUAUUUUGUUCAGCUAGUAUCUUUUAACAUCAUGUUUUGUUGUUUGAAAUUUACUGAUGUAAAAUUUAUUUUAUUACAUAUUUUUAUUAUUAAAAAUUCCGUCAUGUCUUUGUUGUUUGAAAUUUUUCUAGAUGUAAUUUUUUUAUUAGUAUUUUGGAUAAAAUUUAUUUCAUAUUUUUAUUAUUAAAAAUACUUAGUUUUCUAAAUACUACGACAGAUUUUAGAAAUUUGCUUUAUAAUGUGAAAGUCCAUUUAUCCAUAAUAUAUAUCAGUAUGUAGUAUAAGCUAAAAUAUAAUGUAAGAAACCAGUGUUUUAAUCACAUUUUGUUAUGCAAUACCAAGUACUGUAUUACACAGUCAAACAAUAUUUCAGUCAUGUGCAAUAUUAGAAACCUUUCCUCCUGUCAUGAUAAUCUUAUUCCACCCGUCCAAAUAGUUGCCACCAAUGGGGUAACUAUUGUAGUAGUCAUUUGGCACAAUUCAGACGCAAAUGGGGAAACAUGAUUCCAUGCCCCCUCUAGACCGAAAAUGUAGCUACCUAUCCUGACAUCCUACACUCUAAUAAGAAUCAGCCCAUGAGUGGUGUAAUGCCUAUCGGCUCUCGCGGAGCGAGGUCCCGGGCUCCCAGGCUCCCAGUUCAAAUGGACACCAGUAAAACCAGUAAAACGACACCCAAAACUUAACAAUAAAACAAUUAAAUUCCCACAAAUUUUGAACAGUAUUUACAUUGGUAAUAAUGCAGUAUUUUCAGCCUUAAAAUUCAAAAUUUUUUAGGAAUGGAUUUCACUCAAAUACUUUCUUUGAUGAGCCCCCAACACUCAGUGGCGCAGAGAGGCCGUCGAAACCGGGUCAAGAGGCCAAGGGCCCGGGCCCCUGCCGGAAAUAACUAGGUAAAAAAUAAUAAAAUAAAUAAAUAAAAAUGAUUAAUGUAUACAUACAUCCAGUCUCAUUCAUAUGUUUUUUUUCCAGAAUUAUAAAUAAAGCUUUUACUGUUUAUCGAUGAAAGCUCGAAAUUAAUCGCUUCUAAUUCUUUUUCUUUAAUAUUUUUAUGACUUCUACUACUCUAGAGUUUACAUUUACAAUGUAUCAAAUAGUAAAUUCUUUACAUUAUUAAUUAAUAAUUAUCAAAGGCUUGGAUCCUGGACAUCGUCAUUAUACAUAGGGCCUACAAGUUAGAAAAUACGAAUAGACCUGGUAGAGAUUCGAUUGUCAAAUCAAAUAUUAAACCAGUGGCGGAUUAAAUUUUUCAAAAUUUACCCAAAGUUUAGAAAAAAAAGUAAAUUCUACUCAAAAUUUAUGUCUAAGAAUACCAUUUCCAGCGUCCAGAGGUGCUAUAAUUAUAAAUUUUCUUACCUCAGCCUAACCCAUGGUGGGGCUGAGGUAGAUAGAUCGUCCAUUUGUGAAAGUCCUUCUCUGGGCCCCCUCUAUUUCAAAUUCCUGGAUCUACCACUGUAAAAUUUGAUACCUAUGUUAUGAACUCUACGUUUGAAUAAAAGGAAGGAUAGCUUUUACUUUUCAUGUGAAUGUAAACAGUGUAGUAAUGGGAUGGUUAAAUGCUUUAAAUUUACAUAAUUUAUUUGGGAAGAUUUCAAUGCAGCAGCGGGCGUAAUAAAAAUAAAGAAAAAUUUUCAUUUUUUCAUGGCAGCGGGUGCGCUAAUUGGUCAAAAAUAAAAUUUUAUUUUUAUUUGAAAUCACUGUUAUUGGCAGGUGGCAGGUUCGCAAACGAGGUAUAAAAAGUUUCUCCUAAAAUGGAAUGUUAGUUUUCAAAUAUACAGUAUAAGAACAUACUGCAAGGAGUUGAGCUGGAUUUCAAUUUAUAGAAGCUGAUAAAAAUCAAUCUUCAUUCAUACUUAGGCCGGAUACACGCGCAUGUCAAAUUAGUCUAGGCUUCCCUGCCUUGAUUAAAAAGCACUGUUCAUAUACCUUUGCCCACUGGUACACAUCCUGUAGCAUCCUCUCAUAAAAAUCUUUAAUUUUGACAGAAAUGUGAGAUUUAAUUCAAAAUUUACUGCUCUAUUAAAUGCACAGUGAUACAGUCUUAAUAUCUGCUUGUAAUUAAAAGGCAUAUUUUCAUACUAUAUACAUACUUCAGCAAAAAAGAAAGUUAUAAUCAUAAAAAUCACUACUGUAAAUAAAACAUACCAGCUGUACUAAUGGCAAAUAAUACACUCUGACACCUGAAGUUUGUGUAUGCUAGAAUGAUUGAUAUGCAAUUUAAUUACAGGUUUGUUGACUAUGAUUGAUGUGGUAUAAUGAUUAAUGUAAUCAUGAUACAUAAUGAUUGAUGUAGUACGUAGUUUUAAGAGAUUGUUGGUGCCCCUUACGACAAAGUGGUGAAUGUAUUUUAAGCAAGAGAUAUUUUUAUGAUAACCAAUCAUUAAUUUGUGUGGUUAUACAGUAUUCAAGGUACAUAGUUACAAUCAUAAAAUUACUAGAUUCACCAUACUUUACUGUAGUUUCCACAUGUUAUCUCCAUUUUAUUCUACAUUCAAGAAAGAAGGUGCCAGUAUUUAUGAAAGCUGGUCAUGUGAUAUUUACAAUUUCACCAAAAACAUUUUUUGUCAUUGUUAUCAAAUUAAAUUGUGUAAUUGAAAAAAAUCAAGAUACAUUGUUAAGCAUGAUAUUUUUUAUUACAUCAUCAUAUUUCCAGUAGUUAUUUUUCAAUUUUAACUUAAUUUGGACCCAAAAUCUAAUGUAGGGUAGACUUUGAGGAGAAUAAAGGAAUAUGAUUAAUUUAAAUGACUACGUUUUGAUAAGAUUUACAAGAACAACAAUGCUUAUUAUGCUAGUUUCUGGUCUGUGUUUACACCCAAUAGACAUUGCCAUUGACUACAGAGUUAGUUUAUUCCAAUUGUGAUGUAUGGGUACAAGAAUCAAGAUGAGUAAUAUCAUUGCUUCAGGUUGCAAUCAACUUGAAACUGAAGCAGUAACUUGCUAUAGCCUCUGGUGUUGUUUUUUUAUAAUGCUAUAUAUAAACUCAUAUUAUUACUUAAGUAGAAUGUUUUGAUUUGAAACAAAGCAUUUGUUAAGAAUGGUUGCUAACAAUAGGAUGCUCAAGUAAUUUAUAAAAAAUGUUUGCUAACGACAAGAAGUUCAAGUAAUUUAUGAAAAAUGAUUGGUAAUUCCAUGUUGUUAUAGUAAAGAUCACAAAGAGGAUCUGUAAAUCAUUUUGAAAGUAUUGUAAUGAAAGAUCCUGGAACAAGUUGAAUAUAAAUGUUAUGUUUGUAAAGGCCUAUAUGUUGGGGAGAUUAAAAACUACAACAUGCAUCUUGA